AUGCCUCUUCAACCGCGCAUGGACGACCAUCUCAGCCUCCUGCAAUCACCCCCGCCGAGCGCAACCAAAACCCGGGUCGAUAACCUCGUGAACCACGGAUACACCGAGACAGAGGCCGACGUGAUGACUGUUGUGGCGUGUGACAACAUACUAGAGGAGUCGGCGGCUCUCCCGAGCCACCACUCUCUGGACCGAUAUGAACCGGAUCACGAAUGCUGUGAGAGGAUCGUCAUCAACAUCUCAGGGUUACGCUUCGAGACGCAACUGAAGACUCUCUCCCAGUUUCCAGAGACUUUGCUGGGGGACCCCAAGAAGAGGAUGAGGUACUUUGAUCCUCUCAGGAACGAGUACUUUUUCGAUCGAAACCGACCCAGCUUCGAUGCCAUUCUGUAUUACUACCAGUCUGGUGGGCGCAUCAGAAGACCCGUUAAUGUGCCCAUUGACAUUUUCUCUGAGGAGAUCCGCUUCUACGAGUUGGGUGAGGAGGCAAUGGAGAAAUUCCGGGAGGAUGAGGGCUUCAUAAAGGAGGAGGAGCGGCCGUUGCCAGAGAAUGAAUUUCAAAGACAGGUGUGGCUGCUCUUUGAAUACCCAGAGAGCUCGGGUCCCGCACGGGGCAUAGCGAUAGUGUCUGUCCUGGUCAUUCUCAUCUCCAUUGUCAUCUUCUGCUUAGAGACAUUGCCGGAGUUCAGGGACGAUAACAGGGAUCCGAUAACCAUUGCACCUGUGAUUAAUGGCACACUCUCCUACUUCAUCAGCCCUUUCUCUGACCCGUUCUUUGUUGUGGAGACGUUGUGUAUCAUCUGGUUCUCCUUCGAGCUGCUGGUGCGCUUUUUUGCUUGUCCCAGUAAAGCCACGUUCUCCAAAGACAUUAUGAACAUUAUUGACAUUGUGGCCAUCAUUCCGUAUUUCAUCACUCUGGGCACAGAGCUGGCAGAGAGGCAAGGAAACGGACAGCAGGCCAUGUCAUUAGCUAUUCUGCGCGUAAUCAGGCUUGUUCGGGUUUUUCGCAUCUUCAAACUCUCGCGUCAUUCCAAAGGGCUCCAAAUUUUAGGACAGACUCUGAAGGCUAGUAUGCGUGAGCUGGGCUUGCUUAUCUUCUUCUUGUUCAUCGGUGUCAUCCUCUUCUCAAGUGCUGUCUACUUUGCUGAGGCAGAUGACCCAGAUUCGGGUUUCAGCAGCAUCCCAGACGCAUUCUGGUGGGCUGUUGUCACCAUGACCACUGUUGGAUAUGGGGACAUGCACCCCGUGACAAUCGGAGGGAAGAUUGUGGGUUCUCUUUGCGCCAUCGCUGGUGUGCUGACUAUUGCCCUGCCUGUACCUGUCAUCGUCUCAAAUUUCAACUACUUCUACCACAGAGAGACGGAGGGAGAGGAGCAGGCACAGUACCUGCACGUGGGCAGCUGCCAGCCUCUAGCUGACGCGGAGGAGCUGGAGAAGACAAUCUCUUCUUCCUCGCUUAGCAAGAGCGAGUAUAUGGUGAUAGAGGAGCACGGUAUCAACAGCGCGUUCACGCAGCCGCCCAAUUUCCCCACUACCACGCAAAACAACUCGCAGAAUUGUGUGAAUAUAAACAAAAAGAUUUUCACCGAUGUGUAG